UACGCAGCACCCCUGGGCGCCAUGGGCACCCACAGCCCGGAGCGGAAGGGGUUACAGUGCCGGGGUGCGGGUGUCCCGGGGGUGUCCCCGGUGCCGGGCAGAGCGGGCAGGAUGGUCCCGGGCAGCGCAGGGGCUGAGCCCACCCCCGGCUGGUACCUCCGCGACGAGGGCAGCGGGACCCUCUACAAGCGGGGACGGCUCCUGGGAGAGGGCACCUUCGGCCGCUGCUACCAGGUGACAGAGGUGACCAGCGGCCGGCUCUAUGCGGCGAAGGUCAUCCCGAGAGCCCGGCUGGCCGCGGCGGGCACCGGGGACCGGGUGAGUCCGGGGGGACACUCCCCGGGGAGAGGGGACAGCGCCCGUGGGUCCCCGCAGAGCCCACCCGUGCCCCUUCCCCUCGUGUCUGGGUGGGUUCCCGUCCCCGCGGGGUGUGUGGGAGGGGUCCCCGGUCCCCGAGGGUCCCGCCGGGGCUGCCGGGCUCCUGUCGGUGCAGGUGGAGCGGGAGUUGGAGCUGCAGCGUCGCCUGCGGCACCGGCACAUCGUGCGCCUGCACGGGCACUUCACCGACCGCGGCCACCUCUGCCUGCUGCUGGAGCUCUGCAGCCGGGGGGUGAGAGCUGCACCCCGAAACCGAGCCCUGGGACCCCGAAACCGAGCCCUGGAACCCCGAAACCGAGCCCUGGAACCCUGAAACCGAGCCCUGGAACCCCAAAACCGAGCCCCGGAACCCCGAAACCGAGCCCUGGAACCCCGAAACCGAGCCCUGGAACCCCGAAACCGAGCCCUGGAACCCCAAAACCGAGCCCUGGGACCCCGAAACCGAGCCCUUGAACCCCAAAACCGAGCCCUUGAACCCCAAAACCGAGCCCUUGGACCCCGAAACCGAGCCCUGGAACCCCGAAACCGAGCCCUGGGACCCCGAAACCGAGCCCUGGGACCCCGAAAUCGAGCCCUGGGACCCCGAAACCGAGCCCUUGGACCCCAAAACCGAGCCCUGGAACCCCAAAACCAAGCCCUGUAACCGUGAAACCGAGCCCUUGAACCCCAAAACCGAGCCCUGGGACCCCGAAACCGAGCCCUUGAACCCCCAAACCGAGCCCUUGAACCCCCAAACCGAGCCCUUGAACUCUGAAAUUCUGCACCCCAAAACUGAGCCCCUAAACCCUGAAACUGAGCCCCUACAACCCAAAACAGAGCCUCUGAACCCUGAAAUUGAGCCCCUAAACCCCAAAACUGAACCCCGAAACUGAGCACCCUCAGGCCGGGACUUCAGCAGGGCCCAACCUGGUGCCUCGCUCUGUCCCAGUCCCUGUCCCUCCAUCAUCCAUCCCCAGUCCCGGUCCCUGUGUCCCGUGUCCCCCUUCAUUGUCUCCAGUCCCUCCUGGCUGUCACAGCCGCUGUCACUCUGUCCCCAGUCCCUGUCCCCCCUUUCACUGUCCCCAGUCCCUGUCCCCCCUCAUUGUCCCCAGUCCCUGCCGCUGUCUCAGCCUCUGUCCCCAGUCUCUGCUGCUGUCGCAGCCGCUGUCGCUCUGUCCCCAGUCCCUGCCCCGCUCCCUGUGUCCCGUGUCCCUUUUCACUGUCCCCAGUCCCUCCUGGCUGUCACU